AUGAACAUGAUCAGGCUGUUUGGAAAGCCCAUCCGUUGCAACAAGUCCUCCCAGGACAAAAAGACGAACGAGGUCGGUGCGAACCUCUUCAUUGGCAACCUUGAGCCAGAGGUCGACGAGAAGAUGCUUUACGACACCUUCUCUGCCUUCGGGGUUUUGCUCUUUGCCAAAGUGAUGCGCGACCCAGACACAGGCGUCUCGCGUGGCUUCGGAUUCAUCUCCUACGACACCUUCGAGGCAUCGGAUGCAGCGCUGGCAGGAAUGAACGGGCAGUUCUUGUGCAAUCGGCCCAUCAGCGUGUCCUACGCGUACAAGAAAGAGACCAAGGGAGAGAGGCAUGGCUCUGCAGCCGAGCGAUUGAUCGCGGCGAACCGGCCCAAGGAGGGCCCCGGUAGUGGUGCGCCACGUGCGGGAGGGCCCGCAACUUGGGGACUGCUUUGCCUACGAUGUUUUUUUCAUUUUUUUUUCCUUGGGGGAUUUGUGAGGAAGUGGCUGCUUUUCUUGGGGAUUCCUUAG